AUGAGCAACAACCUAAAGGAGGUCAACGGCACACUUGUGACCAACACGGAUACAAACGACUAUGAAGAAAUGGGAGGCAACAUGGAGUGGGGCGAGUACGGCCAAGUAACCGAGCUCGUUAAGGGAUACGGCCUGGAUGGUGAUGCCAAGCCACUCUUCUCUAUGAAGGCAGAGGCCCUGUCACUGUUCGAGCUUGGCGAUGGCCAAUACUUCCUCUAUAACGCCAUUGAGGCAUCUCUUUGUCAGAUCAAGAGCCCCUCUGAUCUUCAGACGAUUGCAUUGGCUAUUGACGACGAAAACAGGGGAUUGGGUGCACUUGAGAUUGAGGCUAUAUAG